AUGGGACUUCCUUUCUCUCCGAGGCCAUAUUGGAGUUAGCUCACAGUUGGCCUGUUCGGACUAAACCGCAAACAUGGUGGCCGCUAAGAAGACGAAAAAGUCCAUGGAGUCUAUAAACUCUCGUCUCCAACUGGUGAUGAAAAGCGGGAAGUACGUCUUGGGCUACAAGCAGUCCCAGAAGAUGAUCCGUCAGGGAAAAGCCAAGCUGGUUAUCCUGGCCAACAACUGCCCUGCCCUCAGGAAAUCUGAGAUUGAGUACUACGCUAUGCUGGCCAAGACCGGUGUCCACCAUUACAGUGGAAACAACAUUGAGCUGGGUACAGCCUGUGGCAAGUACUACAGGGUGUGCACACUGGCCAUCAUUGAUCCUGGCGAUUCUGACAUCAUCAGGAGCAUGCCAGAUCAGCAGCAGCAGGCUCAGUAAAACUGUUCCCCCACCCACAUUGUGAUAAAUAAAAAAAGAAUAAUGCA